GGGAGCUUCCGGAAGUGUUGGCUGAGGUCCCUCCAAUCAGCGGCUGGCAGCGGGAAGUUUCAGUUCGGCGGAGGGUCGGUUCGGGGGUUCCUUCUGCGGAUCUGUGGAGUUUUCUGUGUAGCCGCAUUGUUGUGGAUCCAGAAACUGCUUCAGGAUGCCGGUGUCACGGUUUGCUGGUCGGCUUCGGAAAGAUUCGAGCAUCGAGAUGAUUAGGACUAGCUUGGCUCACAGGAAGUCGCUGUCUCAGAAGGAAAACAGGCACCGGGUGUAUGAGCGAAACAGACACUUUGGUUUGAGGGACGUCAACGUCCCACUGGAAGGUAGAGACCUUGUUAAUAUACAUGAGAUGUCUCAAGACCUCACUCUAGAAAAUGCCAGCUCCAAAACAAAGUCAGUGAAAAUGGUUCUGAGUGACCAACGGAAGCAGCUCCUCCAGAAAUACAAAGAAGAGAAGCAGCUUCAGAAAUUGAAAGAACAGCGAGAGAAAGCCAAAGUGUUCAAAGUGGGUCUCUACAGGCCUGCCGCACCCGGCUUUCUUGUCGCAGACCAGAGGGGUGUGAAAGCUGAGCCACAAAAGGCUUUUCCAUAUACUGGGCGGAUUACAAGAUCAAAGGCCAGAGACCAUAUGGAACAGAGUAAGACUGGGAGCAGGAAUAUCCCUCAGGCAGCUCAAUUCGGCCAAAGACAAAUUUCUGAAAAAAAACCAUUAGACAGAGAGAAAAAAGUUAUGCAGCCCAUGGGUCCCACAUCAGGGAAAGCGGCUGGAUCAGUGGCAGCUACUCAGAGGGCCAAGCAGAUGGCUGGAACAGUGCCAUCUACCACAAGAAAGCCAGUCACAAGAGCCACCAAUGAGAACGGAUCAGAAAGAAGGGGACCAAGUAGAGGGAGACCUGCCGGAAAAGCAGAAGGCGAGCUGGACAAGAUCAUUUCUUCCCAAGGCAUUGCAUUGGGAAGUGAAGAGAAGCAUUUGCAGUCGCAGAGCAGUGUGACAAACGAAGUGGAAAGCUUGCAGGAGACAGUGCCCGCAAAAGGGAGAGAGAGGGAGUCCUUCGCCCCUGAGCGCUGUGCCUUUCAGCCCCCACGUGGUCUGAAGACCUACCAAGUGGCUCCCCUGAGUCCCAGAAGUGCCAACGCUUUCCUGACGCCCAGUUGUGACUGGAACCAUUUAAGACCAGAAGUUGCCACAGCUCAAGACACAGCAAAUGAAGUCUUGGUACAGCAAGAAUCAAAUAAAUCACAAUUUGGUUUGGAUUCACAAACAGACUCUAGGAAAGAACGUGGCUUAAAUCAGAAGGACGCGUCUACACCAAAUUCAGAUCACCUUUCAGUGAAAGGAAUCACAUCAUCUGAAGCAGGUGACGGUCAGACGGGUCAGCCGCAGCACGACGUGCCGUAUUUCAGAAAAAUUCUCCAAUCAGAAACUGACAGACUAAACUCACACUGCCUAGACUGGGAGAAGAAGCUAGAACUGGACAUUCCCGAUGAUGCUAAAGAUCUUAUCCGGACAGCGGUUGGUCAAACAAGACUCCUUAUCAUGGAGAGAUUCAGACAGUUCGAAGGACUGGUGGAUAAUUGUGAAUAUAAACGCGGGGAAAAGGAGACCACCUGUACAGAUCUGGAUGGAUUCUGGGAUAUGGUUAGUUUUCAGGUCGAUGAUGUAACCCAAAAGUUCAACAACCUGAUGAAACUCGAGGAGUCUGGAUGGAAAGACAACAAUAAUCCAAGCAAAAAAGUCAUCCGGAAAAAAAUUGUGCCUGGUAAAACAAGCAAAGCAAAGCAGGACGAAGACGGACGAACGGCAGCUAGGAGUCGUCUCGCCGCCAUAAAGAACGCAAUGAAAGACCGGCUGCGGCAGGAAGCACAAGCCCAGGCUGCAGUUCCAGAGAUACCAACGGCAGCUGACAAAAUAGUGUUUGAUGCUGGGUUCUUCAGAAUCGAGAGUCCUGUUAAGUCGUUCUCAGUCCUGUCCUCUGAACGUCGUUCUCAAUUCGGAGCACACGUGUCUGCCAGCAGAGCUGUGCCUGAGGGCAGGGCUGCAGGGGACCUUCUCAGACAGAAGACGCCACUGAAGAGGCCUGACCCGCAGAGCAGCACGAUCGAGCAUGUUGAUCGGACGUUUUCAGAUGGACUUGAAAGCAGGUUGGCGUCAACUGGAGUAGUCCAAGCCACUCAGGAGACUGAGGUGGAAGGAGUAUUACCAGCAGUUUGGAACCAGCCUUAGCAACAAACACCAGUGUCUUAAGAGAAAGCACCAAGACUGAAGUUGAUAAGUGGUCCUGUUGUGAAUGGCAAAAGUGCGGUACAUGGGAGAGAAGCAGUGUGGUGUCUUCUGUGCACGGCAGAUCUCAGCUCAAAGCCACCCAUGUGGCAUGCAGCUUGAGCACGUGGGACAAGUCAUUCGCUCAGCCUCACUCUCCUCAUCUGUGGAACAGGAGCGCUCUGCCGUUGGUGGGGGUGAAGAGGCUCGUGCCCUCGUACCGUGGUUAUAGAGAAGAUGCCCAGUGUGUAGACAUCGCUUUAGGACGUUAACUCGUGACAGCCCUUACAGUAGCCAUGCCAGACGCUGGAGGAGAAACCCAAGUGUAUCCUAGUGAGGUUGAGCUUGCGAUUGACCCAGCUGAUCCGUUCUCUACACAGUCGCAUCAGCUUAGCCUGCUGCGCUUACAGCGGCUCAUCUGAGAGGGAAAGGGAACCGUGAGGAGUAGGAAGCUGUACUCUGAUGUCUGGAGAAGAUGCGGGGCUUGUUACUAAUCUGAACUUUGGAAAAUAUUGAACACUCCUCAUUGUAAAAACAUACCACUAAGUGUGGCAUGGGGUGGGGGCAGGCCCUGUGCGUCAAAAUAGAAGAGGCACAUGGAAGUCCUUAACUAUUCUUUAAUACAUACCAAAAGCAUUUUCACCUUUUAGGGCCACAAAAAUGCUUUUUGGUAUUAUAAAAAUCUGUGUUUUUUUUUUUUAAUAUUUAUGUAUUUGAGUACACUGUCACUGUCUUCAGAUACACCAGAAGAGGGCAUUGAAUUCUAUUACAGAUGGUUGUGAGCCACCAUGUGGUUGCUGGGAUUUGAACUCAGGACCUCUGAAAGAGCAGUCAGUGCUCUUAACCACUGAGCCAUCUCUCCAGCCCCAAAAUCUGUGUUUUUUAAGAUACCAAUUUAUUAUCAUGCUGCUUUGUAUAAUUAUAUUCGUUAUCUGUAUUAGGAAGAUCUGUAAUAGCAGUUGAGUUAUAUUGUAAUUGUCCCUCCCAAAAUCAGGUUCUGGGACCAGCAACAGUGGGUAAAGGCAUUUGUUUUGCCAGCCUGUGGCCUUCAAAUACACACACACACACACACACACACACACACACACACACACACACACAAAAUGUUUUUUAAAUGUUUUGUUGCAAACAUCUUACAAGAAGGCAUCUUAAAAAUAAACAGCUUAGAACCAGGCAGUGGUGGCACAUGCCUUUAAUUCCAGCACUCGGGAGGCAGAAGCAGGUGGAUCUCUGUGAGUUCGAGGCCAUCCUGGUCACAGCAAGACAAAAUUGCAAUCUGUUUAAUUACUUCGAAUGUGUAGAUUCACGCAUGCAUGCUGUGACAUGUGUGGAAGCCAGAGGGCAGCUCUCAGCGAGCAGUUCUCUCUCCCCAACAUGUGGCUCCAGGGGUGAGCUCAGGUCACCAGGCUUGGUGGCAGGCUCCUUUACCUAGGAAUCACCUUAUUGGCCCCUGAAGAGACUAUGACAGAUAAAUUUUUUAAAGUUUUUUAUUAACAUACGAAAGAGUGGGUUUGUGGUUCUGAUUUUGGUGGUCCUGGGAUUGAACACAGAGCUUUCACAUGCUAGGCAAGCACCCUCUGCCAGCCCUGGACUUCGUUGUCAUUGUUUCCAGUUGCAUUGUUUUCUAUGUUCGUUGUGUCUGUCUGUGUCUGUGGGCACAAACAUGCUCAGAUCUGGUCUCUACUUACGUUUAUGAUUAAAAUGUAUUGAGUUAUACUAUCAAGUAAGCAUGGCCAACUUGCAGGCGUGAUAGCCCAUCUGUGGAUCCAGCACUUGGGAAGCUGAGGCAGGAGAGUUGAGAAGCCAACCUGGGUUAUGUAGCAAGAAUGGUCACACAGGACACAGCAAAGUCGCUUCACAGUGCCUGAGCUGCUUUGCUUCAGAGCCCAGCCUCACCCUGACCUGUUCCAGUCCUGUGGCUCUGGGUUUGGCUGACAGUCAGCAUUGCAGGUGGAACCGUAUUAGCCUGAGCGGUUGGCAUGGGAAGGGGCCUGUGAGCUUCUAGGGAAAGAGGGCGUCGUCUGUGUGGCCAUCAUAAACUGUCCAGUCUGUACAGAGGAGCAGGCUCCUGGGCCAGGCUCUAUGUUCAGUUCCACUAUGCAAGCUAGUGGCCUCCAUGCAGGGUGGAUGACUGUGAUGUGUUUCGUUACUGGUGUAUAA